UUGUUAAAACCGCAAUUACAUUAUCGUUCGUGGAGACUUAGUACAAAAAACUUGUUCUAUUAAGAAAAUACACACCAUGGAUUUUAUUAUGCAAUCAUUCACUCCAAACAUCAUUCUAAAAAUGCUUAUUUUGUAUUGAAGAUGUAAUUGUCAGUGGCGCUUGAAAAGGCACGUACUGAUCCUGUAAAAACGAGGUUUUCAAAAAACCAAGGUCGUUCGUUCCACUUAAAUGCAAAGAGUAUAUAAACGAUAUCCGUUGUAUACUUACAUUACACAAUUUCAUCGGUGUUUGAAUGAUAAAUUAUAUUUCAAUAUAAGCCUCAACAUGGAGCAUGGAAGCUUAAUCGGGCUUUUUCUUGAUGUAUCCGGUUCCAUGAAGGAAAAUGCAGUCGGAAGUGUGGAGAAGGAAGGCGAAUGGGUCCGAUCGUUGUUUCAAGUAAUUGACGACGUAAUAAAACAUGACGUGAAUGAAAACAAUCGGGUGUUUACUAUUGGUUUCGGAGGUCAAUCAAAUGAUGGAACAUUCGAUAUUUUAAAAUCUAUUGACAAAGCACAGCAUCAAAAAGAAAGACUUGAACAGGGGAGAGAAAACGCUGGAAGGGGCACAGUAAAAGACAUAUUUAAAGUUCUUAUUCGUCAUGGUGCUCAUUAUUUAGAACAUUGGACCACAGUUGAACAAGUACAGAGACACAUAUCACAGGCAGAAGCAGAGAUGUUUUUAGAGGCGAUACAAAACGACGAUUCAUUAGCAACACGGAUUGUUAAAGAAUGCUUGCCCGAUGCUUGCAGAGGCAUGUCGCAGACAACACCCAUUGGUGGUGUCCUUUCGUUAAUUCCCGGUUUCGAUUUUUUAACAACAAACGCGGUAACCGCAUUUAGAACUGCAACACCAGCUGAGAUACGAAAAGCAAUUCAAUCAGGAAUUGGUCUUAUUAAGAAUAACUUCAAAUUAACGCCCAUUAAUGUUACCAAGGCCGCAGAGAGUGUUCAGAAAGCCGCAACAACUAUACGUGGUACAGUGCAUGGGGCUGAACUGACUGACAGAAGAAGACAGGAACUACUCAAUCUUGUAAAACCUGUCAUUUAUGGUGGAACACCGAUCGUGUCUGCUUUGAGGUCUGCAAGUGAAAUAUUUACGAAAGAAAGCUCAAAUGUAGAAAAGAUAAUGAUCGUCAUAUCAGAUGGAGAGUGGAGCGAUUCGCCAUCGUUUCUUGAUUUGUUAAAAGAUGUAAAAAUCGUGUGUUGUUUCGUAAGUCGAUCUUCAAACAUACGUCCCAGACACCUGUUUGAUACUUCCGAGUUUUAUUGGGAUCCUGGGGCAAGGAAAAUGUUUGAAUUGAGUUCAGUUAUUUCUUCACAACUGCUACCGAGGACGAUCAUACUACAGCAUGGUUGGUCAUUUGAUAUUGAGAAGAACAACACAAAACUUUUCGCUCACGUAAACAAUCCUGAACACAUGCGCGAAAUAUGUCGACUGGGAAAGAAAAUUGCUUGCAAUCAAGAAUGUCUGUCAGAGUUACUUGUAACAGUUUCCUUGGAUCAACUUGUAUAUCAACCAAAGCAACACAGGUUUAACUGCUCCGAAUCAAAUAGGCGGAACAUGUUAUGCUCAUGCUUCAGCAACAGCGAUCCAUUUAUCUUUGAAGAGGAUUAUCGGAAGAGAUGGAGAAUACCCAUCAUUUGAAAGUAUUCGUGACGCAUUGAUUCGUGAAAAUGGCUCUGACGGCGCCAACACAUUCGGCGUUCUAAAGAAAGUCUGUCCACGGUAUCGUCUUCAAUGUACUGAAAUAUAUGGCCAUGACGUUUUCAGAGCUAUUGUUGCAAAACGAAUUAUUGUCGCCAAAUUUCGCUUGACAGACAGAGAAUGGGGUGUUUUCAAAGAUUUCUACCGAAAAGAACCCAAAAAAGAAAGGGAAAAAAGGAUCCUAUCACGUGCAACAUGCCCGCAAUGCCACCAGGAAUUCACGUGCAGCGAAGAAGGAAAUAUUCUUGCCAUGAAUAUUUACCUGACGUCAAUUGCAACGUCCCAUGAAGAAGACAUUACUGAUUAGCGGCAUUGCGUGGCGUACAGCACGGAGCCUUAAGAUAUGAUCGUUCACAACAUUAAAGAGAUAUCUAAAUAUAUAACCGAUCGCCGUGGCCUAGUGGAUAAGGCGUCCGCCUCAGGAUCGGGAGGUCGAAGGUUCGAGCCCCAUGGGGAGCGUUUGUCGAAGGGUGGAUGUUUGUCAUGGGACUUGUUCCGAUAUGGCCGGCUCGUUUUUAGGGGUAAGUGGUUGAAUAUGCAUGCAUUAUUUGACACGCUUCGUUGUUUCAAAGGAAUAGGACGGGAGCUAUCGAUUGAGGGGCAAAAACUAAAAAAUAUUGUUUGAAAAUCUGUAGAAGAUUUAUUCGUGUUGACAAACGGACUCGAAAUAUUGCUCGGUUUUCGACCGACUGUGAGUUAACGGCUGGACAGAUAUUUUUGAAGUUAACUUUUCUUGAAAGGUUGUUCAAUUGCCCAUAGUAGGAUCAAGGGAUGCUUUGGAUUAAAGCUAUUUUUGACAUUUUUGCGGCCCGCGAAGACAGGUCUAUAAUAAAGUCUAGUUAAUGACCUUGUUAUAAUUCCAAUAUCAGAGGGUGGGGAUUUUUUUUUUCAUGGCUCUUUGUCAAUUUUUUCUCAUUAAACAUGAUUUUAUACAUUAAUUUGAAUAUAUUGGGCUCCUAAAAAAUAUAUAUAUGAAAAAUACUAUCCUGGGUACGUUACUUCCACCUGUGCAUUUUAGUUGUGUUAAAAUGUGUAAUGUAAUAUUUUCUAGUAAACGGUCGACAUAUUUUGUAAUGUGUGUGAAGGCAAGUAAAGAAAUAAUUAUGUGAACGACUAAUUUGCUUGUUAGUAUUUGUGCUUUAUUAUAUAACAUACAUAUGGAAAAAAAUGCACCGUGUAGUUAUUGACCGGGUCUGCUCUAUUCUAAGCUAUUUGCGAUGAAAUCCUUUAUAUACCCUGGAACGAUUUUAAUCAGAAAAUACACAUGCCAUAUCUGUCGGGUCGGAUAUCACAUGUUAUUUAAUGGCCCUAUUCCACUACGAAAACAAGCCCAAGAUUCGCUACGAUUUAUCACAUUUAUUGAAUCGGGAAGACUCGUGACAUUCUACGAUUCAGUUACGACGAAUCGUGGGGUUCGGUUGAAGUCUUGCGAAUAGGGUCGCGACUUCACAACGAUGUGUAAGAAUCUACUGCGACUGUACUACGAUCGAUGCAGAUCGGUCACGACUAAGCUAGGACCUCACCGAACGCAUCCAUGAAUAAGGCGUCAAUAUCUAUUGACCUUUUGACACCUUCACACAAUAAUCACUUUAACUUGCGAUCUUGCAAAAAGGGGGAUUUAAAGCUUGUGCGAAUACCCAAAACAAACUAUUUCAAACGAUUGUUUGAAUUUUCUAGCACACAAAUUUGGCAUUCGUUUCCCCAAUUUAUACGUCAAACAAACAAUUGUAUGACAUUUAAGAAAAAAAUAAAAGCUUAUCUUUCUACCACACUUUAUGAAAUAUACUGAACAUGCUUCAUGUUUUUUAGUAAAUAGCCUUAGUUUAAUGUUUAAAUACUGUUCUUGCAUACAUGGUAAUUGUAGUUGUAUGUCUGUCAUGUGUUUUUAAUUAUGAUAUAUAUCAUUGUAAGUAUGCAUGCAUAUGUGAUUAUUUAAGUUUUGUUAUUAUUGCUCAAGAUGAAAUAUAAUGUAUUCGUUGUAAAUUGUAUUAUGUUAGAAGACCUUGUUGAAAAUAAAAAUGUAUUAUAUAAAUUGCAUAUUAUGUAAUUUCAUCUUAUGUAUUUCUUAACAAGUCUAUCUUCUUUAAAUAAAGAAUGUAUUAUUAUUA